UGCCGGCCUGUCCCUCUCUUCUUAGUCCUGGGAUCCGGACACUGAGUACCAUGGCCCUGCCGCUGCUACCUGGCAACAACUUCAACCGCAACGUGGGAAAGGAGCAGUUCCACAAAUCACACCACUGGGGCUUUUGCAAUAAUGUUAGGAUGCUAGUGAGUGAAGAUAAACCUGGGAUAGGUGGACGAAUACUUAUUGGGCAAAAGGCGAAGCCUAGAUACAGCAUAUAUCCUAGAGGAGAUGGAACUGAUUUACCAUCAUGGGUUGCUUUUGAUAAGCAGGUCUUAUGUUUUGAUGCCUACUUGGAAGAUGAAGUAAUCGAAAAAAACCAAGAAAACUACAGAGUAAGAUGCUAUAAAAUCUGCUUCUACCUUGAAGAUGACACAAUUCAAGUAAAUGAACCAGCGUUGAAAAAUAGUGGAUUGCCUCAAGGAAUUUUUAUCCGGCGUCAUCGGAUUCCUCUCCCACCUCCUAAUGAGGAUCAGUUUUAUACUGUGCAAAAUUUCAAUAUCGGCAUCGACAUCGUCUUCUAUGGCCGGACAUUCAAGAUUUAUAACUGUGAUGCGUUCACACAAAACUUUUUGAGGAAAAUAGGAAUCAAAUUAAAUCCCCCAGAACCAUGUCCAGAAGAUCCAUACAUGAAGAUGCGGAGAGAGAAGCUGGAAUGUGUGGAGCCCUUACGUCCCUAUGAGGCCUUUGACACCCUGGGACAGUUCCUUGAGUUUGAUAGGAAGGUUUUGCGUUUUUUUUGCCUGUGGGAUGACUCGGUCUCAGUGUAUGGGGACCGUAGAGAACUCAUUCUGCAUUAUUUCUUGUGUGAUGACACUAUUGAAAUCAAAGAAGUGAUGCCACACAACUCAGGCCGUGAUGCUACGUCACUGUUCCUACGGAGGAGUAAGCUACCCAAGUUUGGCCCACCUGGAAUCUACCAACCAGGCCAGAUAACAGAUCGAACAGUUCUCAAUGUGUAUGGCGGCUUCACAGAGAAUCGAAUGAUUGGUUACCUAUUGGAUAAAUACAAGCUAGGAAAAGUAGAACAAGAAUUUUACAAAGACAGUGACCUGUCCAUAGGAACCGCCAUCAAUGUGUGGGGAAGGAAAGUGCUCCUUUGUGACUGUGAUGAAUUUACCAAGACUUAUUAUAAGACUAAAUAUGGAGUUGAGAAUUUUACUUCAAUUCCAUGCAAGGCUCCUUCUCCUCCAAAAGUAGAAAGGAAAUUUCCACCUUAUACUGGCUUUGGUUCUGAAGAGGAUUCUCUCCGUUCCUGCAUAGGCCUCAUACCCACACCGCCUAGGAAGAACUUCAAGAAGUUCAUGGAAAAAGACAGCUAUGGCAGCAUAAGCAACGUACUCCGGUUUUUUGCAAAACUAAUCACGGACAAAUGUGCUGAUGUGGACAGGCUGUUUGUUAUUUCAUAUUUUCUCAGUGAUGACACAAUGUCAGUGUUUGAACCUACAGAGAAGAAUUCAGGGCUUACUGGUGGGAGGUUCUUGAAAAGAAGCCGUGUUAAGAAGCCUGGACAAGAAGUCUUUAAAAGUGAACUGUCAGAAUAUAUCAAGUCUGAGGAGCUGUAUAUUGGAGCCACAGUGAAUAUCAAUGGCUACCUAUUUCUUUUACUCAAUGCUGAUGAGUACACCUUAAACUACAUGGAGAAGAAUUUACAUAAGUUUCCUUAUAGCGACUUUGACCUUGCCCUACAAAAGGUGAAGGAUGAAAAAUCAAAAUCCAGAGAAAUCAAGCAGAUAUUUACAGCUAUUGACUGUAAGCACACAAAGAAGGUGGAUUAUAAUACAUUCAGAGAGAUAAUGAUGAGUCUAACCGUUGGAAAACUCACGGACCAAGAGGUUAUAACCAUUGCACGUCACUACCGUGUACCUGAUGAACCAUGUCCAACUUUGGAGGUCUUACUUGCGCAGGCCCAUGAACAACUCAAGAGAAAUACUUUUGAGAAUUUCGAAAGAUUCUUUUCUACCUGUGCAUACGAAGAUCGAGAAAAAAAAAAUGUAUUACCCACCAAAUACAUUAGAAGGCUGUGCAAGUCCUCCAGGUUACCUGUGAAUGAGGAUCUUCUAGCAACCUUACUGUCCAGAUUUGAAGACAGUGAACAACAAAUCAAUUAUGAGUCAUUUUUCUCUUCUCUGAACUGGAGAGUGAAUCCGUUGCCUGAAUUGGAACCACAAUUGUGCCUUAAAGAGAGAUGUGAAGAUGUUUGGCUUGGGAUGCCAUCACCUAUUCCUGUGAAAUACAUCGACUACAUGACCCUUUUGAAAGACACAUUUGGCUUAGAGGAUGAAUAA